GUGUGUGUUUGGUGCGAUCGCCGGUGAACCCAGCAAACCAGUUUUCUGUGUGCUGCCGCCAUGAUGAAGUUGUUGUUUUAUGGUGAUCGAAUACAAAGAAUGCUAAGAAAAUUACUACUUCGGCUGAAACGAAACGCGACGCGGCGGAAAUUACAGCUGUCAUACUCCGGAAUGGCAAGCCUUAGGGCUGAUCUGUGGUCGGCCGACGCUUGGCGCUAGCGUGAUUGCGCCCGGAUCGGCGAGCAGUAUCGUUGCAGAAGCUGUUUGGGUUGCAGUUGGUUGGUGUGGUUUUCGGGAAAGUAGUAAGUCUGACGGCGUGCGAUAGCAACUUUUCCAGUGCAGUGUAGACGCGGGGAUGGGGUUUGCGGACUUUAAUGCGAAGUGAAAAGUGAAGCCAUGGAAAAGUGAGUUCAGCAAAUGCAAAUUUCGGUCCGAAGCGGGUGCUGUGAGACUCUUCGCGUGAAAAAGCUGUGCAGGCCGUGAAUUGCAGAUAUCGCCCAACAACCGUGGAAUGUCGUGAAUCUGUUGAAACAGUCGGAGUCGUUGCUUCGUUUUGGCCUUCGGGCGCAUGAUUCGCGGGUUCGUAUUGCGCGACAUUUCAUGAAAUGAAAGCACUAAUUAUGGCUUUGUGCUGGAUGCUGUCGUCCCAAGCUAUGAGCUCCGUAGUAGGAACGAAGCGGGACGACGGUAGCAGACCGCACGGUGAUAUUCGUUGCUUUUGUAAUUUGCCACAAUGCAUUACGACAAGUUAUGUGUGUCGAACUGAAAGAUCUGGAAGCAAUUCUGGCUGUUUCUCGGAGAUAAAUAACCCAAUCAAUAAAGCAGCAACGCGGCACGGAUGUGUGGAGCUUUUAAAAAAGGAAAAUCGAACGCUAUGUGAUAACGUCCCUCAAAAGGAAACCUUCAGGAGAAACAGAGACAAAGACUUCGAAGUGCUAUUUUUGUGUUGUCAAGAUGAUAUGUGUAAUCAUGUCGAUAGUCCAGCCAAUCAAAAACUUACUAUGGAGCUGAGUGAUCAGAAAAAGGGCGAAGAGACACAACACACGGGAGGAGAAACACCAGAGAACAUAAACCUACAAAAUAUACCAUUACUUUCAUCGCAUGGCGUCACUCAAAACGAUGCAAUGUUUCGGGUGGCAACAAUUGCAGUUCCGAUAUUUGGUGCUGUUAUAUUUUUUGUUCUUAUCGCUGUAGCGAUCAAAAUUUUACGUGGAGACCGAACAUCAUACGUAUCAUCUAAAUUAGACACUAUCGGCGAGGUAGCUGGAAAACUUCCCUUGGAUCAAGAAGCACAAGGUCCUAAGCAGUAUAUUCAUAGUAAUAAAAUCAAUUACAAUUUCUCUUCGGAUCACUGUGAUAAGAAAAAUGAAACUCGAGCUAAAAUUAAUAUGAUGAAUUUAGAAUAUAGUUUGUUGCCUCAAAAUUGUGGUAGUCCUAAUGUUAAUUUGGAUAAUACCAGUCUAAGCAAUUCCAAUGCUUGUUAUAAUAUUAAUAUAAGUUUAGACACGUCCAACAGGAACAAUUUGCACAAAAUCUAUGAGAAAGAAGUGCUUAGUCCACUUACUAGCAAUAUAAAUAUAAACCAUAAAUUGAAGUCAAAUAAUGUCUAGGGUUAGAUGGAUUGCUAUUAUUCGUAUUAUAUUUUAUUUUAGUUAUUUUGAAAUACUUUGAUGAAAGUAAAUUUAUGUAAAUAUUUAAAUAACGACUGAGGUUAGUUAGACGCAUAAUUAUAAAAUGAUGUAUCAAAAUUAUAUUUUUAAAGAAUG